AUGAGGAAGAUGAAGAAGGCGAUGACGCCAACCAUGAGCCCGGCGCACGUACACAAUCGCGACAAGCAGAAUGGCGCCACCCAGUCCAACGAAGAUGCGGAUUCAUCCUGGCAGCAGUCCAACUUGGCUCCCGUCACCGGAUCCGGAUUGCAGCAACCUCCAUCCCAUCCGCAGCACCACCAGGGACGCCACAGCACAACCUUGUGCGUUGUAUUGCUGAUCACCGGGUGCUGGUUCUUGCAGCAACCCAACACAGUCCCUGAGAUGGGGUCAGGCUCACAACAGCCAUCGAUGGUCGGGGUCUUCCUGCGGACAGCAACCUAG